CCAUCUCAUUCCACAACCUCUCUUUCAUUAGAAAUAUAGUAAGCCAAAAAAGAAAAAAAUGUCUCUAGUGACAGAGGAGAUGAGAGCAAGUGCAACUGAAUUCUACACUGGAAAUGAUAUCUGCCAAGAGAAAUCAAAGUUGUUGCUGACUGAAGUAGGCCUACCAAAUGGCCUACUUCCUAUGCAAGACAUGUUAGAAUGUGGCUAUGUUAAAGACACUGGCUUUGUUUGGCUCAAAUCCAAGAAAAAAACAGAACACAAGUUUGAAAAAAUUGGUAAAUCAGUCCAAUAUGCAACUGAAGUGACAGCUUAUGUUGAGCCUAAUAAGAUCAAGAAACUCACUGGGGUUAAAGCUAAAGAGCUACUUAUGUGGUUAACACUUACUGAAAUUUGUGUUGAUGAACCAUCCACUGGGAAAAUUCAUUUCAAGACUCCAACUGGGCUUUCUAGGACUUUUCCUGUUGCAGCAUUUGAACUUAAUGAGCCCAAAAAGGAAGUUAAAGAAGUGAGUGAUGUUGUUGCUCCUGCUGUGGAAGUGAAAGAGGUGUAAGAAGGGGAAAAAAAAAUAAAUUAGUAAUUUGUUUGCCUUAGUAUUAACUAUAAUCUAAUUAAUCUUUGCUUAUUUUACUAAACUUUGAUUUAAAAAGUUGUUGUACUACUACUACUUAAGUUGAGGAUGGUAAUUACCUAAUCCAUCUUAUUGUACUCAUUAUUAAGUGGCUAAUUAUGUUAUCUUUUAUUCGAAUUUAGUGACACUAU